UCGAGCUUCCUGCUUCGCUGCUAAAGUUCUCCUAAUGGGAUUGUCUGCGGAUCAUUAAGAGAGGAGACCUGAGUACCAGCUUCACUUCAUGGAUCAAACUUCAGGACAGUAAACGGACACACUUCGGACUCUAUGAUUCGACCAAAAACAACGACAUUCAUUCGUCCUGGAGCUGCCAAAUCCUGAAACAUGGAGGACCCAAACAAACUUCAGCGUAAAAUGUCAACAGCAGGAGAGAGCCUGUACAAAAUCCUGGGACUGGAGAAAGGAGCAUCUCCAGAAGACAUAAAGAAGGCAUACAGGAAACUGGCAUUGAGGCAUCACCCCGAUAAGAACCCAGACAACCCAGAAGCUGCCGACAAAUUCAAGGAGAUCAACAACGCCAACUCCAUCAUCAGUGACGAGAACAAACGGAAGAUCUACGACGAGUAUGGAUCCAUGGGACUCUACGUGGCCGAGCAGUUUGGGGACGACAGUGUCAAAUACUACUUCCUCAUGUCCAAAUGCUGGUUCAAGACCCUCGUGGUGUGCUGCGGUAUUUUCACCUGCUGCUGCUGUUUCUGCUGCUGCUGUUUCUGCUGCGGGAAGUGCAAAUCCUCAGAAGACGAGGGCAACUUCACCUACAUGGACCCUGAGGACCUCGAGGCAGAGAUCAGAGAACAGGAUGCAGCAGGAGACCAUGUAAUAGUUAUUCAGCCGAGCUCUGAGCCUUCAGAUAGCGCCGGCCCCUCUUCAGGGGAGAAUGUACCGAUCGUGAUUCAGCCCCAUGCGACCAGCGAAGCCUCGUGAGCUAAGUGAGUGGAGUCCUGAUGGAACCACAUCGUCAUCAGCCAAAGAUGAGGAGUAUAAUUAUGGGUUUGAAUGGGUGGCUGACGUGCAGAAAAAAAGCGAUUUGAUUGUGCCAUUUUAUUUUUUGAUAUGUGCCAAUUGUCUUUGAUCCAAUCUCAUAUUUAUUUAAACUUUUUAUUUUUUAAAUAGUGGGUUGUGUGUGGACUGCAGUGACAAAGCCAUGCAGAUCAAAGCUCUGGAAUAAUUAGUUUUUUUAAUGUGCACUUUAAUAUCUUAAGUUCGUGUUUAAAAUCCUAACGCUGCCACGACGGUCUGAGAAUAUUUUUGGCUCUUGGGUCAGAAGGGUUUUAAUAUUUCUUUUUAAAGCAACUUAAAAUGCUGGUUCCCAAUUUUUAAGAGGCCAACCACUCGGAGACAUACGCGGUGUUCAGUUACACUGUACAUAGAUACAUAAUGUAGAGGCUUAUUGAAAUUAGGAAAGUAUAUUGAGACUAAACCAAACUUGGUUGGACUUCCACUCGUGUUCACCGUUGUGCAUUUGCCUGGCAGCCCCUUCUAGCUCCAUGAGCAUUGAUAUUUGUAGGAGUGAUGCUGACAUUACAGGAACGAUUCAACAUUUUGGGAGAAACGCUCGUUCGCUUUCUUUCUGAAAGGUAGAGUUCGGCACGUGACUCUUCACAUCAUUGGACUCAAGGCAGGUGUAUGAUUGCAGAGUUCCCUGUGUGAGUCCUUAAAAUAUCUAUUAAUUGACAAUAAAGCACCAUAUUCCUAAAGUUGGGUUAAAACAAAAUACUUUUGGAAUAUAAGUGUCCAUAUCUGUUGUGCACUUGUUAAUUAAGCACUAAUUGGAGGUUUUUAAUUGAGUAAUUAUGACUUGGUUUGACUUGAGCACCAUUGACAAGUCAGAAUAACCCAGAUAUGACAUGAACAUGACAUUAGGUGAGAAGCUGGAACGGGGAGGUAAUUAGCCUAGCUUAGCAUAAAGACUGGAAGCAGGGGAGAAAGCUAGCCUGGUUCGAAAAUCUACCUCUAAUGCGAACUUUCUUUCCUCACUACAAGGUUUCAAACCUGCGUUCUAGUUUGAGACGCCCGACAAAGAAGUCCUGGGCGGAUGGAUAUGUUAUUGUUUGUGAAGAAUUAGUUCCAGAAAACCACAGUCACUUGUGUGUUGUUUGUUCAGAGUUUUUCAUAGGCAGACUUUGUUACCUCCAGACAGUCAGGCUAGCUGUUCCUCCCUGUUUCCAGUCUUUAUGCUAAGCUAAUAGCCUCCUGGCUCCAGCUCCACACUAACACAACGCAGAGACACGAGAGUGGUAUCAAUCUUCUCAUCUAAUGCUCGUAAAGGAAACGAAUAAGCGUAUCUCCCAAAAUAUUGAACUAAAAUCUUUAAGAGAUAAUGGCAGUACUGGUGGUUAGUUCGCUGUACAAAGAAACAAACACACGGGGUGAAUACUUCUUAAGGUACUGAGAAAGCUCUUCUAAAACUUUUCUGAAAAACACUUUCCCGCACCUGAAGCUGGAACCAACCACUGACUGAUUUGAUUCAUUGCCAAAUAUUACACGUGGAUGAAUGUUUUCAGAGGAGUCGAGGCCUACUUUUAACGAUGGUCUCUGUGGUGCGUGAGAUGAUUUAUUGCCUGUAUGUGCCGUGAAAUGAUGCUCAAUGCAGGAAUCAUGUGUUUGUGUUAAUUCAGAGGUGUAUUUUUGAUGUACCCAUUCUAGGUUUUAUGACCAAUUGAGUGUAUAUUAAGAGGACGGCCCUUGAAUUGUCUUUUAUCAUGUUUGUAUUAUAUUUUGUAUUUCUGCUCGGUGUAGGAAUGUACGGUUUGUACGUUUGGUACAAAUCUGAAUUGUAUAUGUGCAUUAGUCUUAGAAUUUGAUCUGUUUUUCUCAGGUGACUUUCACAUGUUUAUAUACAUUUUAAGCAAACCCAGAAAUGUCUGUAAAGUCAGUUUUGUAUACUUGAGAAAACUUCACAAAAGUGCCAGAAUAUAUUUUAGUAUACGUUUUUUUUUUUUUUUUUUUUCAGGUUUGAAUUAUUUUGAUCAAACUUUAAACAAAGAAAAAUUAUAUAUUUCGUUUUGUCAUCUCAACAUUCCCAGGUAUUUUUCUAAUCUUUCAACUUUUCCAUGUUUCCAAACUGUUUGUUUCUGUAAAUGUA